CACUGCUUUGAACUCACGGGCAUUGCCAUGCUUAUGUAAUCCACUUACCCAGGCCUGUCGAGCCAAUAAUUGUGUCUCCGGAAUCCGCCCCGCUCUCUUCCCUCAACCACCACCAUCUCUGCCGCUAUGGCACAGACUACACCUCAUACAUUGCAGCGCAUUUAUCGGACGGCUUUGUACGAAGUUUUGCUUCACCAGAAGACGAUGUUCAUCCUUCUCCAUGAAGACACUACCGAUGCCGCGCCGGGGAUGCAGCCUCUCCAAACAGAUCCGACUCCCGACGCAAACGGCGAGGUGAAUUACUACGAGGAGGUCGAGACGGGCACGAAGAUUGAUAAGCUGUGGAGGUCCAAGCUUGGGAAGUUCUUGUACGACACCGUAGUGAAGGCAGAACUGGCUCAGGAGGGUGUUCAGCUUCCUACGCCUCCGGACCAAAUACUCCUUUCCUCUCUUCCGGAACAUUACGUUCUGUGGACGCACAAGAAGGGUGAUCUGCAUACCCCUCGCACGGACCAUUACCUUCAUGGAUCCGUCUAUGUAGACCGGUUCCGAUCUCCCACAGAGUUCCUCCCUCACCUCAAGUGGCUGCUCGAUGGCCAGCCGAUGAAGGCAAACGGGAAGCGGGACUGCAAAUGUUGCUAUUGCGAUGGGUCGCGCCCCCAAGGGGAGAUCUCCAAAGACUUGGGUGCCUACCACAAGAGGGGGCGCGGUGGUGGGAAGGGUGGAAGAGGGGACAGGGGGGGUAGGAGUAAGCCUCGCUCGUCGGUCCCCGAAGCGGUCCCCUACAAGGACUACAGGGUGUUUUGAACCCGCGUCGUCGCCUCCGUGACAUCAGUGUUAUAUACCCCGCUCCCGUCCACAUCUGCUACGACUCUGCUGUUCACAUGUCUAUGCUGCUUUUUGCUCUCGGACCACGUUUUUCAUGCAUGCGCUUCUGUCUGUUCUCCUUACGUCUUACGAUAUGCGCCGGUACGCACAUCCUUAUGGCUUCUUUGUAGCAUACAAGUCUCGUGGAGGUGCUCUUGCAUGUAGCUACUAUGAUUCAUGUGCAUAUAUGCAUGCAUGCUUAUGC